GGGGGCACCGGGCAGCCUGCCCUGCCUCCCCUCUCCUUCUCUGGCUGAAAAUGGGAGAGACGAGCCAGGCCGCCGGAGCGGGGCUGCCUUCCUCCCGCCAUCCUCCUCCUCCCUCGCCCCGCUCCGGCUUCGCCCCGGCGGAGACCCCGCGGCGCGGCGGGGACAUCAGCGGGCACCUCACUUUCCCCCUGCUGUCAGUCACUCUCCUGGUGUCCUUCGGCUCCUCCAUGCUCUAUGGCUACAACUUGGCCGUGGUGAACUCGCCGGCGGUGCACAUAAAGGCUUUCUACAAUGCCACAUGGUCCCAGCGGUAUGGGCACGGCCUGGCCCCUGGUCUCCUGACCCUUCUCUACUCCGUGACCGUCUCCAUCUUUGCGCUGGGUGGGCUGGUGGGCUCUUUGCUCGUGGGGAUACUGGUGGAGCGAUAUGGCAGGAAUGGCGCGCUAAGCCGCAGCGCUCUCCUUGUCCUCCUGGCUGGCGGCUUCAUGGGCUUCAGCCGGGAGUUAGAGUCCCCCGAGAUGGUGAUUGUCGGUCGCUCCAUCACCGGGCUGCACUCAGGUAUUUGUCUCAGUGUGGUACCUCUUUACCUGGGAGAAAUCGCCCCCAAGAACUUGCGGGGUUUCCUGGGCCUCAUGCCCAGCAUCUUCAUCUGCCUGGGGGUUUUCUUAGCGCAAGUCCUGGGCCUCCCGGAGCUGCUGGGUGAGCUCCUGCUCCUGCACUGCUUCCCUGAGAGCCCGCGGUACCUGCUGAUAGAGAGGAAUGACAUCUGCGGGGCCACCAAGGCACUGUGCCGCUUCCUGGGGACACACGACGUUCAGGAUGUGAUUGAGGAGAUGAAGGAGGAGCAGCGGUCACUUUCCUUCGUGGAGAUGGUCUCUGUCUGGCAGCUGCUGCGGGAUCGCACUGUCCGCUGGCAAACCCUCUCGGUGGUGGUGUUGAAUGCUGGCAUGCAGCUCUCGGGGAUCGAUGCCAUCUGGUUUUACACCAACACCAUCUUUGAGAAUGCCGGGAUUCCCAUGUCCCAGAUCCCCUACACCACUGUGGGCACUGGCGUCAUUGAAGUUGUCACGGGACUGAUCGGGUGCUUCACCAUUGAAAAGCUGGGCCGGCGGCCCCUCAUCAUCACCGGCUUCUGCACCAUGGGCAUCUGCUCGGCCGGCAUCACCGUCUCCCUGCUGCUGCAGACCACCCUGCCCUGGAUGCGCUAUGUCAGCGUCGCCUGCGUGGUUGGCAUCAUUGCUGGCUUCUGCAUAGGACCAGCUGGUGUCCCCUUCCUGAUGACAGCUGAGCUCUUCACACAGUCACACCGCCCAGCUGCCUACAUCGUCGGGGGGUCCCUCAACUGGCUCUGCAACUUCACUGUCGGCUUCAUCUUCCCCUUCUUGCAGAUGUCAGCUGGUGCCUUUUGCUACCUGGUUUUCUGUGGUGUCUGCCUGCUGGUGGCCCUGUAUGUCUACAUCAUCAUCCCCGAGACCAAGAACAAAACUUUCAUGGAGAUCAGCCACAUCUUUGCUACCCGUCGCUCCUUCCUCUCCAUCUCAGACCAUCUCAUUGGAAUGAUGAAGCUUGAUGGCUAUGGAGCCUUGGAGAGCAGCUCCCUGGAGGGCUCGGGCUCCAGCCUGCCCUGAUCUGGGUGAGAUGGCAGGGAAGGGAUGGUAGAGAAGGUUCAGGGCUGGGGAGGACAAAUAUCCUUGGGCUCGAUCAGCUCUUGGUCUCCUAGGAUACAGAAUCACAGAAUCGUUUAGAUUGGCAAAGACCUUUAAGAUCAUCAAGUCCAACCACAAACCUAAUGCUGCCAAGUUCACCACUAAACCAUGUCCCUAACUGCCACAUCUACACAUCUCUUAAAUACAUCUCACCAUGACCAGGACGAACCUUGAUGACUCACCAGGCUUGCACCGACCGCUGUGCAUCGCCUGCAUGCUGGAAGAGAUGCCCACCCAAGAUGAAGGGACUUCUUGGGGGCAGGGGGUUCACAUUGAUCCUGGGUACGUGGACUUACCAAGAGCUGCCUGCACAAGGUGUUUAAUAAAGAGUGUUGCUUCCAGAGCCAUAAUUUGACAAGCACAGCUUGGGAUGGCAACAAGCUGGAAUGUGCUGGCAUGGAUGGGUGCUUCCCCAGUGCUGGGGAGCAGCAGAAUAGGAUGAGAUGCUCGUCCUCCUCCCUUCUGUGCCUGGCUGGGAAGGUCAGAGCUGCCCUGCGAUGGGUCAUCAGAGUUCCUCUCAGGCUCCUGCAUCCCACUCUGCAUUGGUUGUGCAAACACAGACUGAGUUGCAGAAAGGACAUGGAGCAGCUCAGAGCUGGAGGAGAGCAUCCAGUCACCACCAUCCCCCCAUCCUGCUAGCAUCUCUGCAUGCUGGCUCUGCAGAGAGGGCUCCCGUGGGACCCCUGCACCCUCCUAAACCCUGCUGAGGAUAAAGAGGUCCCAGGUACACCCACAUCCUCUUGCUGCACCCCAAGAAUUGCUGCGACUCCAGGGUGCUCUCCAAGCAUAACCUCUUUCACGUCUCUGUCCUGGAUCCUGUAAUGGGAACUACUUUGUUUCCUGGCACUGCCGUGGGCAUGGCACUCGCAUGGCCCAGGAUCCUCACGACAUCUCCCAUGGACACCAUGGAUUCUGGGGCUCCCAGGCCAGCAGACACUCGGGGAGCUAUCAUUUGCAGAGAAACUACAAUAUUUUGCUGAGGUAAGAGGUAAAGGCUGGGCAGUGGGGAGGGCUGCAUGGCAAAAACCCCUCUAAUGCCAACACAGAUGUGAUUUAUUUCAUUGCAGGUAAUUUAGCCCUGUUUUUUUCCAGCUCUCUGCUCUGUGAUGGGCACACAGCUGCAGGUUUGGUGUUCAUAGUCACUUGUUGCUGUGCUGGGCUCCAGCCCAUGAGAGGAACUCACCCUUUUUGCAUCACUUGACAAAGCCUUAGUGUGUCUCCAGGGGUGGGUGGGUGCUGGGCCCAUGGGGGCAGGAACUGGGCCAUACUGGGUCCCCAGUGCCUGGUUCCAGCCCCUCCAUCCUCAGCAGACAGCUUGGGGCUCUCUUGCAGCUUGAGCUGUUUAAGGGACAUCAGUCAAAGCAGGGGUCACAGCACCACAGCAUCAGCCGCUUCCCACUCCGUCUCCCUCCCGACUCGGCUGCUCUCGGCAGCAGAACAGAGCGGUAAAUAUGUGCAGCAUUACAUAUGUAUAAUGGAGUGUAAAUAACCCCAAAAAGUGCAUUGUAAAUAGACUCCAAGUUUAUCCUUUAUUAAUGAGGCACUGAGUGCCCUGCUGUUUUAGAGCAGCGAGACUUUCAUAAUAUCAAAACCUAAAUUACACUUGUGUCUCUCAUUCCCAGCAAACGACAGCAUCAUUUCAGGCCUCUUUGCCACUUGUAUUUAUUUAUCCUGGUAUUUAUUUAUCUCUCCCAUCCAGUAUGCAGGGCAGCUUGGAAGAUGCCCCUGCCCCCCAUGUGGGAGGCAAUGGCCCCCCUGGGAGCAGCCCCCCAUCCUGGGGUCCUGGCAUGGCUGAGGAACCAGAAAUUUGCCGUACAGCCAGGGCUGCUGUGCUGGCUGGUGAGGUGGGGCAGACCUAGGAAACAAUGGGGUCAGGACCCAUUUCUGCUAGGGUUUCAGACACCACCAUAAACAGAAAUCCCCAAGGAUUUCCAAGGGCUGGAGGUCACUGGCAAAAUCCUGUGGUGCCUUUUGGGUGCAUUCGGUCUUGGGGAGGCUUAUGAAUGUACCAAGCCGAAAGGCAUGUCCAUCUUUCUUCCAUCAGGAUCUGGGAGGGCAGGAGAAAGGAAGCCUCAUGCUCAGGGGACACUGGCUUCUAAUUCACUUUUUCUUUAGGGCAUUGGGGUGGAAUCUCUGGGGCUGUUAGUCCAAGCUGGGCCUCCACCACAGGUCUGAUAUUCUUGCAAACCCAGGAUUUGGGCUUCCCCUUGUCUUGCCCUGCCAAGGGAGGCAUUCCCAGUCAUUCCACUGCAGGCUUCUUGGGAAGGCUAGGGCUGAGUGGGCUCCAAGGUGCUUCCCUGUGUCCAAAGCAGUGUUCUAGAUUCAGGCCUCCAGAAGCACUGGUUCUUCUUCUUGGUGAGGGUAAGGCUCUAUCCAACAGCAGUGUCAAAACAGACCUUGCAGGAUUGGAGAAGGUGCAAAGAAGAGUCCAAGAAAUCACUUUGAUGCCUGGAAAUGCUCCUGAUCCUCUUAAGGUUUGCAGAAAUGAAGACGAAGGUGACUUUUUCUAAAUGCAUAAGUGCUUUCUUGUGAUGUACCCAGUGCUAAAGGAUGAGUGAGUUUAAGCAUUGAGGUAUACACAUGGAGGGCUGGAGCUCACCCCAGCCAAGCUGGAGUAGAAAAGAAGGACCUGGUUUGAAAUCUCCAGAUACUUUGAAAAGGGUUUCUCAAGGAACCCAUUGGUGGUGUGCCAUCCAGAUCCUGCAGGGAACCUCUCCUCUGGAGGGUGCCUGACUCAGGGUGAAUGGUCACAGCCUGACCGGGAAGCUGAUGAAAGCUUGUUUGGCACACCCUGGUGUCCCUGUGCCAGUGCCAGUGGCUGGUGAGGCAGCAAGAGUUUCCAGGCCACAGCUGGACAAGCCAAAGGACAUUCAAGCCCUGCCAGUGCUCCUGAGGGAUGGAUCCUGCUAACGACAGAGACCCACUAAGCCUCUGAGGCUGAAACCUUCCUACACUGGUUUCACCAAUGAACUGUCCCUGUCACCUCAAUACAGGUGCCUUCACACCCCACCCUACUCCCAAACUUCACCUGACUGCAGAGGAUUUAUCAGAGAUCAGUUUUGAGCAGGAAGAGGUCCCUGCCUGGUCUGAGCAAGGUAAAAAACCUGUUCCUGCCUCCUUCUGUGUGGAGAAACGGGACCUGGAGCAGCAUCCCUCUGCCCUACAGAGGUGAGCGUAGGACUGGUCCCUGCCUCAUAUUUUGCCAAAGGAGGAGAACCUCUGGAAACUGAGAAGGUCUGUAAGGCAUCUUGCCAUUCAAUGGUACCCAAAGAUGCACCAUGGCCUCAUGCUCUGGCCCUGGGGACCCCAAAGCAACUUGCAGUGCUGCAGUGGAGGGCUGAGCCCCCGGCACAACCCCUCCUGGGCUGGAAGGCACCGUUGUCCUGUUUGGUCCAGACAGGCUCAUGCAGGGUUUCCUUGGCUGCAGGCACAGGUGAGGAUGCUGGACAUGGAGAGCACUACCUGGGAAGAAAUCAGUUUGCAAACAACCCCUGUGUCUGCAGUCUGUGCCCAGGAUGCAUUUGAGAUGUCUGGAAGAUGAUUUCCACCCCCAUCACAGCCCCAGCUACUUUGCCCUCAAAGCAGGGCAAAGCUGGCGGAGAAGCCAGCAUAUGUGGGGCUCGGUCAUUGGCCCACUCUGGGUUCCCGUCAGGAGCAGGGGGACCUGUCUGCAGGGCUGGGCAGCAGUGAGGGCAAGGUACAUCUGGCACGGCACAUCAUGGGGAGCAGCCCAGACUGACAGGCAACUGAGUCCCUGUCAAAGCUCAACAUCAGGGCUGAAGGAGGGUGUUGAGACUACAGGAUGAGUCCCCCCACCAUUUCCCGGUGCCCACACUGGGGCUCUCCACAUCCCCCACAGUCACAGCCUUGUGUGCAAACAUGUAUGCGGCAAAAGCAUGGAGCGGCAAGAGAAGGGAGAACCUCUUCCCUUUGGUUACAGGGUUUGUCCCGCACGAGCCCCUCUGCCCUCCCCCAGUCAGGGGUUAAAGUGUCCUUGUCUAAACGUUGGGGUUGGCAAAGCUUUAGGCAAAGGGCUGGACGUGCCUUCAGGUCCCCUGGGGGUGGUCUGGAAGGUGAGCAUAGAAUGGGAAAGAAAAAGGCAGCAAAGGAGGAGGACAGGAUAAAUGAUAGAGCAAGUAGCUGAGCCCAGCCGCUCUUCACCACCAGCCCCAGCCCCCCAGGCACGACUCACAGGAAUAACUGCCAGGACCCAAUGGCCUGGAGAGCAAAGGUUACACCUCUAGAAUUAAGAAACACUUCCAGGUGCUGAAACACUCUCUCCAGUUUUGGCAUAGAGCGGGAGGCUCUUGGCACAGUCCCAGGGCAUCUUCUGCCUGGGAGAGGUUAUUUCAGCCAGGAAUGGGUCCUCUCAGUCCUUUCUCUUGGUUUUGCUUUGUACAGUGGUGGCAGGAGCCCCCCAGGGAAGGGGAAGAGGAUGCAGCAGUAGUGAUGUGCCCCAUCCAGAUGCCAGAGCCCCAUGCACGUCCUCACACUGCGGAAAACCUGGCUCACUCCUGGCUGAAAGCCGUCCUACAGCAGGAUCUCGCCAGGGCUGAGCCCACAGCUCUCAUCUCCUUAAAGUGCAGAGCCAGCUCCAGCCAAGCCUGCGGUUCACAUGGACUCCAGUCAAGUGCCUUUUUGCAGGGAAAAAAAGACUAAAAUGAGUGAUUUUUUUUUUCGCUCUUUUCUGGGUAACGGGUACUCAGCUGAAACCCAGCACUUUGAAGGCGUGUAGAAUAGUGGUUUUUUUCUUUUAAAAGCCUGGAAUAUUUCCUCAGCAUCAACCAGACACUCUCAACCUCUUUUAAAAAAUAGAUGAUUAACAAUUUAAGGGCAUAUUAAGGCAGGAGUGGGAGGGAGUAUUUGUUACCCUAUAGAACAAAAUUCUGUAUUAAUGCAGCUGGUCCUUGUCAGGGGCUCUGUGGGAGCAGAUCUCGGCAGUGGGCACAGGGAGCCAGGGAUGGUCCGACUGCAGGUGCCUGGUGCUGGAGUGGCCAAGGCGAGGGUGCCCGGCGAAGGGUGCGCACCGGCAGAUGGCACUCCCAGAAUUUAUUGCUAAAGCAAGCUGCCUCUCGGAGAGCAGUCAUGUAGGAGAUGUCCUAUUAUAUGGGCAGUUGACUUUAAUAGUCAUUGUGUGCUUAAAGCACAGCAAAACAACAGUGGGAAAAAAAAAUUCCCCACUCCACUUGGAUGGCCCUUUUCCCCCCAGCCCUGCUCGUCUAUUUGUACAGUAAAUUAAAAAUAUGAAUCACUUCUCUCUACUGCCUCCCCAAACACUCAUCCUGUCAGGCUCUGUGUUGUCUUCAUUUGUAUUACCUUAAUUUAAUGUUAAUUAUGUUCUUCAUUUACAAAGAACAAGCAUUUACACUCCCUGUCUGGGGAUUUUCCACGCUCGCAGUCUCCACAGACUGGGAGACGAAGGGGAGCAGCGAAGGCAGCGGUGCUGGGGAGGGGGCUGUUAGCACGGCCACGGGAAUGGGGGGAGCAGGGAUGCUCCCGCACCACCCCCCGAAUGAACCAGUAAUGAUGAGCGCUAUUGCCUUUCGAUUUAUGAAAUCGUA